AUGCCUCGUCAGAAUCGGUGGAUGGAAGCUCUCCAGGCGCGAAUCAACCGCACAGUCUCUGUACUUUCGCAGAUCAAGAGCAUCAAAAUGAUAGGGUUAGGCGAACAGUCUGAAAAAGUAUUGGACGCACUUCGUGUUAAAGAGCUACAAUUUGCCAACGGGUUUAGGAUGAUCAUGGUCUUAUCUUUUUGCAUCGCUUUUGCGCCCAUCUUCAUCGUUCCAGUUGUGUGCUUCGCCAUCUAUCUAUCAGCUUCUCCGAAUGGUAGUGGAGACAACACCUUCGACGUUGCCAAAGCCUUUACAUCUCUGUCGUUGGUAGUCAUUUUGACUCAGCCACUUUCAAGUCUUUUCCAGUACGUUCCGAUGUUUGCCGGGGCUGCCAACUGUCUUCAACGUAUCAUUGACUUUAUCCACUCUCCUUCACAUCGUGACCGAAGAGAGGGAAAGUCAGAUGUCACGAGGGAGCGCGGUGGUCGUCGAGAUAAUGCUUCGGGAGCAGAAAAGUCUACAGCUGUAGUGGACAUCGUUGGAAGAAACACUACAACGGGAGACGUUCUGUCCAUCUAUGACGGCGCUUUCGGCUGGAGCGAAAAUCAAUGGGAUCUUCACAACGUCAACAUCAGCAUACCCAAGUCUCAGCUGACAGUAAUUACCGGGCCAGUUGCCAGUGGUAAAUCGACACUUUGCAACGCAUUUCUUGGUGAAGUGCCUUACGUUAAAGGUAUCGUCGAGAUAUCUUCUGGGGCGGGCAUUGGAUUCUGUGACCAAACGCCAUACCUGACCAACACGACCAUCUACGAAAAUAUCAUUGGGGGAAGUGUCGUUGACAACGCUUGGUACAAGACGGUUGUUAGGGCAGUGGACCUGGAGACUGACUUUGAAAGGCUUUCGAGUGGAGACCGCACCUACGUUGGGAACAACGGAGAUGCACUGAGCACAGGACAGAAACAGCGCGUUGCAAUCGCUCGAGCGGUUUACGCAAGAACGCCCCUUAUCAUUCUGGACGACGUCUUCAGCGGGAUGGACAACGUGACCAAGGCCUACAUCUAUGAGCGACUUUUGAGCCCUGGCGGGCUGUUGCGCCACUUAGAGAUGACUGCGAUCUUGGCUUGCUCUGAUCAGGAUAUGUGUCUUGCUGCAGACUUGGUGGUGGACCUUGCACCUGGCGAGCCUCCUGUUUCCAGCCACCCCGGCCGCAGAGAACAGCCCAAGUAUCACCCGAUGGAUGAACGAAAAGAAGACAAUAUUUCAGAUACUGCAGAUUCUCCUGGCACUACAUACACCGAACGUGAUCAGAGCACUGCAACUCCAGCCCCACAGAAACAAGCGUCUAAGACACCCAGUGAUUGGGCAACUUACGGCUACUUCGCCCGAGCUGUGGGAAGCCCGAACACGGCGUUACUAAUAUUCCUCGGUGGAGUAUUCGGAACACUAUACACGUUUCCCUCUGUUUGGUUGAACUGGUGGACUACGGAUCCUACAGCCAGAGACAGUUUCUAUCUUGGCAUCUAUGCCUUACUUCAGGCCACUGGUCUUAUCUGUUGGUUUCUCUUCACUCGCCAUUGCCUGACGACGGUAGUGUCUAGGUCGGGAAAGAAGCUGCACAACAGCCUUCUGUCAACGGUCAUGUCAGCAUCAUUUUCUUACCCCAGCACCAAAGACUCAGGGACCAUCAUCAAUCGAUUCUCUCAGGAUCUUCAGUCGGUCGAUGGCGAACUGCCGGCUGCUCUGCUCAACACGGUAGCAACAACAUUCAUCGCCUUAGCCCAAGUCGCUUUGGUCGCCACCGCAAGUCCGUGGCUGGCGAUUUCAUACCCGCUCCUGGUGUUGGUCUUUUACGGUAUUCAACGGUUCUAUCUUCGAACAUCACAGCAACUUCGGCCCCUCGAUCUUGAACUCAAAAGCCCUCUGUAUACACAUUUCUUAGAUACCUUACGAGGCAUCACCACAGUCCGAGCUUUUGGAUGGUCUCAGCAUUACGUCGAACGCAACCAGCAGCUUCUCGAUGCAUCCCAGCGUCCCAAUUACCUGCUUCAGAUGAUUCAGCAAUGGCUUUCAUUGGUUUUAAACAUGGUGGUCGUGGUCAUAGUCACGCUUCUCGUGACCCUUAGUCUGAAGCUUCGAUCAAGCCUUGGGCUCACUGCAGUUGCUCUGGUCAAUCUGAUGUCUCUUAGUCAGAUGUUGCGAUCGGUUGUGAUUGGGUGGACGCUUAUGGAGACAUCAAUUACUGCAGUUGCACGAAUCAAGGAGUUUGAGCAGACGACACCAAGAGAGAAUGACUCAAACUCGGAUGGAGUCAUCAUUCGCGAACCAGAUUCAGGCAGGAUUGAGUACAAGAACCUGACAGUGUCGUAUGGCCUGAGUAAUGAGAACCUCGCACUCAAAAAUGUCAACUUGGUAAUCGAGGCAGGGCAGAAAGUCGGCAUAUGCGGCCGGAGUGGAAGCGGAAAGUCAUCAUUGGUUGCAUCUCUCUUCCGAUUGCUGGAUGUUCGACGAGGGAAGAUUAUCAUCGAUACAAACGACAUCAAGGAUUAUUCCUUAUCGACCCUUCGAUCAAGCAUCAACGCCAUUCCGCAAGAUCCCUUCGUCACCGGUGGAACAUUCCGCGAGGUUCUUGAUCCUUAUGGAGCAUCGCCAGAUCAUGCAAUUGAAGAAGCCCUCCGCAAGAUAAAGCUAAUCGAACACGUGCAAGACCAUGGAGGCCUCGGAGGUAGUGUGAAGCCUGAGUCACUCAGUCAGGGGCAAAAGCAGCUGCUAUCUCUCGCAAGAGCCAUCCUGAGGCGUUGCAGGAUCGUCGUUCUGGACGAAGUCACCAGCAGCUUGGACCUAGAGACGGAGCAGCUCAUAUGGGGCGUUUUGCAGGAAGAAUUCAGGGGAUGCACCAUCAUUGCUAUUGCGCACAGACUCGAAACAAUUGUUGGCUUCGAUCGGGUUGCUGUCAUGGACGAGGGGAACAUCAUUGAAUUCGACGAUCCUCGUGUCUUGUUGGAGGAUGCUAACUCGGCUUUUUCCAAGAUGCGUAGAACGGGCAAAGCACACUAA